CAGACCACACAUCUUCUCCAACUGUAAGCAGAAUGAGGUUUCCGAGACCACAUCUAAGCAUGUCAAAGACACGAAAUUCCAUAGGUGACUUGACAGAGUCGCCCUUGUCUAGAGUGGACUUUCAACGUGAUCGACGACUACUUAACUUAAAACUACUUCAAACGAAUUUCCAUCAAGAAAAUCAUGAAGAUUCUCAUCCUCAGGAUUUUACGAAAAUCGGAGGUAUAGCGCAAUGCUAACCUAUGAGAACUUGACAUAGAGCAGAGUGUUGCUCUAUAAGAAAAUGACAUAAAGCCAGUGUCUUUCCAUAAUAACCUGGCGCAGAGCAUAUUAUUGUUUCGUGAGAACGUAACAUAGAACAUGUUAUUAUCCCGUAAAAACGUGACAUAGAGCACAGUGUUGAUAAUUUUAGUCGACUGCAGUGCGGUUUACAAAGGUAAGCUUAUUUCCAUUACCUUUCGAGUUUCAAAGAUAGUGCCGGCAUACUGAUGCUUCUAGGAACUACAUCAAGGUAUUUGUCGAUAAAAAGCAAAACAAAAAAAAACAAUGUAUAGUAGCCUUGAUAUAUGCUUUGAAAAGAGUUUCCCGCGAAGCUGAGUGACUUUAUUUUAGCAAAGUGCUGAUAGAUAAAAGUCAUCAACCACGGGAACGUUGUGGUACCUCUCCAAAGGGCGACUGUUCGCCUUGUGCGUGUCAGUUUUUAUCGUGUCAUUCUGCCUGGUGGCGCACAUGCUGUACAUGAGGUACCUGAAUGACCCAACCUUAUGCAUGGAUAGCUACCAGGACGACGAAUCGAUCAAUUUUGACAGCUUGAGGGAGAGAAUCAAACUUCCUCAAACUAAGCGGCGCCUGCCCCAGUGUCUGAUCAUUGGUGUACGAAAGGGCGGCACAAGGGCCUUGUUGGAGUUUCUCAACAUACAUCCCAUGAUUCAGCGGUCGACAGAUGAGAUUCACUUCUUCGAUAACGAAAGAAAAUACAAUAUGGGUCUGGAGUGGUAUCGCCAGCAGAUGCCUUAUUCAUUUGCCGACCAAAUCACUGUAGAAAAAAGUCCCGCCUAUUUCAUCACUGAAGGAGCUCCCGAGCGAAUCCGAGCCAUGAACGAAAGCAUCCGACUUCUUUUAAUCGUACGCGAACCUGUAACUCGACUCAUUUCGGACUAUUCUCAACUAGCCGCGAACAAAGCCAAAAAGGACAAAUUCAUACGACCUUUCCGUGAUCUUGUGCUUAGAGAAGAUGGGAAAAUUAACACUGAUUAUCGAGCCGUAAGGGUUAGCAUGUACUCUCUUUAUAUUAAAAUGUGGCUGAGCAUCUUCCACCGGGAUCAGAUUCUAAUUAUCAACGGAGACCGAAUGAUACAAGAUCCUUACCCAGUGAUCUAUAAAAUAGAACAGUUUCUAGGCUUAGAACAUCGUGUCGGAAGAGAGAAUUUCUUUUAUAAUAAAACUAAAGGUUUUUACUGCGUUAGGAAUUACACUGUGUACAAGUGUCUCAACGAAAGUAAAGGGCGGAAACAUCCGACGAUUGAUCCAGAACUGAUUUCCAAACUGAGACAGUUUUAUUCCUCGUUUAAUCACGAGUUCUACAGCUUAGCAAGACAAGACUUUGGCUGGCCUGAUGAGUAACACUUCUUGAAAUAGACUUCAGAUUAUGUAUGUACAUGUCAUAUUAAUGUUAAGUCUCGCGUGAUAUAUCUAAAAGUUAAAAGUUCUGGAUAAUGUACGAAAAGAAACUGAAAAAAAAGUAACCAAAUCGUGCCAAAAAUAUAAUUAGUAAUAUAAAAAGAAACACAAGAUACCACAAUAAUUCAAUAACUGAAGUAUAGUUGUGUUUCGGUUUUUAGAGCAAAGUCACAUUGGGCUAUUUGCUGCGUACACCGCGGGGAAUCGAACCCCAUAAUUUAGCGUUGUAAAUAUGCAGACUUACUGCUGUCCCAUGAAGGGACGUAUAGGUUUUGUUUCUUAAUAUUGUUUAAAGAAAAUACGAAAAAAAUCAUGUAAAUAAGCUAUAUGUUAUGUAAAAUGUGUUAACAAUAAUGACAUUACUUAACAAUACCUCUUUGUAAGUCCGUAAACUUACUG